CUGACAGAAAUUCAGCUGAUUGGUGGAAUCGAGCCCUUUGAAUUUUUAACAUGGAAAUGAAGUACUUUGAUAUAAAAGGUUUAUGUACUGCUAAAUCCUUUGUUUUGUUCUGCAAAUUUAUGAUUAAUUGAAUUCCAGUUAGCAUUGGAUACGGUAGUGAAACUGAUCUUCAAUUUUGUUUACAUACACAGUAACAAAAUAACCUUGUGUUUAUACUCUGUUUAUUCAAAUAAUGAGAUAAUAUGUACUUAAGUAAACAACACCUUCUAUUUGAAUAUCAGAAGUAGAUGAAGUGCUUGGAAUGAAAGGAAGAUGUAUUUUUAUUUCUUAAAAACAGAAUGGACAUAAUGUAAUAUGACAGAAAGAUUAUUGGAUUGUGGAUGUAUAUUUCCACUUCUUCCAUGUUUUUACACGCCUUCCCCAGAUGAUGCAAUGGGGAAACAGAGAAGUGAUGAGAUAGAUAGACAACUUGGUAAAGAACGAAAAGAAUUCCAGAAGGCUCACCGGCUCCUAUUAUUGGGGGCCGGUGAGUCAGGAAAAUCAACGAUUAUCAAACAGAUGUAUUUGAUACACGUCAAAAACUUUUCUGAAAAAAUGAGAAUUGAAAAGAGAACUGAUAUAAGGGGAAAUUUAGUUGAAGCAAUUGUUAGUAUUCUUGAAGCUAUGCCCAAGUUGAACCCUCCAAUUGAAAUUGAGAAUCCAGAUAAUCAGGAGAAAGCUAAUUGGAUUUUGGCACAGUCAUAUAAAGCCGAUAAACUGCCAGAGGAAUUCUAUGAUUUUUGCUCUACUUUGUGGAAAGACAAAGGUGUGCAGGCUGCUUUUGAAAGAAGUAAUGAGUUUCAGUUGAUAGAUAGUGCACAGUAUUUCAUCGAGAGACUUAAUUAUAUACGAAUGGAAAACUAUGUACCAACAGAACAAGACAUAUUGAGAUGCAGAGUACUUACAAGAGAAAUUUAUGAGUUGGUUUUCCAAGUAAAUAAUGUAAAAUUCAGGAUGAUUGAUGUGGGGGGUCAAAGAGAAGAACGGUGUAAGUGGUUCCUAUGUUUCAAUGAUGUAACUGCAAUAAUUUUCGUAACAGACUGUAGCUCAUAUGACAUGGUUUUAAGAGAAGAUGAGACAAAGAAUAGACUUACCGAGAGCUUAGAUUUGUUCAAAGUUGUAUGGAACAAUCGGUGGUUGAAAACAAUAUCGGUUAUUCUGUUCUUAAACAAACAAGAUAUAUUUAGCAGAAAAAUUCUUUCAGGAAGGAGAAAACUGGAACAUUAUUUUCCUGAAUUUGAUAAGUACAAAACUCCUGAAGAUGCUAAGCAUGAAGUAAAUGAGUCUCCUCAAGUGACAAGGGCGAAAUAUUACAUCAAAAAUGAAUUUGAGAAAAUUUGCAAGCACACCAAUCAUGCAGACCAUCGACUUUAUCCUCAUUUCACAUGUGCUGUGGAUACAGAGAAUAUAAAAAGAGUAUUCGAUGACUGCAGGGAUAGCAUUCAGUGGAAAUAUCUGAAAGAAUUUGAUUUGCUUUAAUUUUGAUAUACAUAUUUAUUAUUGCAAGUAAAAGAGUAGAUGAGAAAUAUCUUUGUUUGUCAUUGAUUUUCCAUUAGUUUGAAAUAACUGUUGGGAAAAAAGUAUGUGUUUUUCUACACAAUUGAAGUUACCAUAUUAUAGUCUAUUGAAGAGUGUAAACAUAACCAGAGAUUAUCUAUAUAUAUAUAUAUAGGAAAAAGAGCUUGUUAUGGAACAAAUGAAAUUUUGCUUAUGAGGAAUAUUGAAUUUCAAAACACACUGAACAUACUUCAGUUCAGUCUGAAUCUCACAAUCUUAUGUAAAAGACAUCGUUGAAUUCCAUAUACACGAAUUUUAUUGAUAAUGAGUAUUAUUUUUAUGUAUUAUUUUGAUGUAUUUAUCAAUCAUGAAUAUAUAUUUCUACAAAAUA